CAAGGACCAGAGGACAAAUCCCACCCGCAACCACAAAAUCCUCUGUCCACGUGGUCUCAUCCCCACCCUUUAUUUUACCUCACCACCACGGGCACGCUCUCCCCAAGCCAAAGCCGCAACUGCUGCAAGCUGAGGUCGCCACCACGCCCCCCACACCCCCCGAGAGCCACGCGCCAUGCCCCCGACCCCGACCCCCGCCGCCGCCGCCGCGCCCGGCGCCGCCGCGGCGCCGGAGGAGGCGUCGUUCCGCCUCGUGGGCCACCGCAGCUUCGUCCGCGUCAACCCGCGCUCGGACCGCUUCCACGCGCUCGCGUUCCACCACGUCGAGCUCUGGUGCGCCGACGCGGCGUCGGCCGCGGGCCGCUUCUCCUUCGGGCUCGGCGCGCCGCUCGCCGCGCGGUCUGACCUCUCCACGGGGAACUCCGCGCACGCCUCGCUCCUGCUCCGCUCGGGCUCCCUCGCGUUCCUCUUCACCGCGCCCUACGCGCGCGGCGCCGACCCCGCCACCGCGACCCUGCCCUCCUUCUCCGCGCCCGCCGCGCGGCGCUUCGCGGCCGACCACGGCCUCGCGGUGCGCGCCGUGGCGCUCCGCGUCGCCGACGCCGAGGACGCCUUCCACGCCAGCGUCGCCGCCGGGGCGCGCCCGGCGUUCGAGCCCGUCGAGCUCGGCCUCGGGUUCCGCCUCGCCGAGGUCGAGCUCUACGGCGACGUCGUGCUCCGCUACGUCAGCUACCCGGACGCCGCGGGCGCGCCCUUCCUGCCGGGCUUCGAGGACGUGAGCAACCCCGGGGCGGUGGACUACGGGCUCAGGCGGUUCGACCACAUCGUCGGCAACGUCCCGGAGUUGGCGCCGGUGGCCGCGUACAUCUCCGGGUUCACGGGGUUCCACGAGUUCGCCGAGUUCACGGCGGAGGACGUCGGCACGUCGGAGAGCGGGCUCAAUUCGGUGGUGCUCGCCAACAACUCCGAGAACGUGCUCAUCCCGCUCAACGAGCCCGUGCACGGCACCAAGCGCCGCAGCCAGAUACAGACGUUCCUGGAUCACCACGGCGGCCCGGGCGUGCAGCACAUCGCGGUGGCCAGCAACGACGUGCUCAGGACGCUGCGGGAGAUGCAAGCACGCUCCGCCAUGGGCGGGUUCGAGUUCAUGGCGCCUCCGCCGCCCAACUACUACGACGGUGUGAGGCGGCGCGCCGGGGACGUGCUCUCGGAGGAGCAGAUCAAGGAGUGCCAAGAACUCGGGGUGCUGGUGGACCGGGAUGACCAGGGGGUGUUGCUCCAAAUCUUCACCAAGCCAGUGGGGGACAGGUUCGUAAAUCGUAAUAGUCAACUAUUGACUGGUUGCAUACUAACUAGCUAUACAGAAAGGCCAACAUUUUUCUUGGAGAUAAUCCAAAGGAUUGGGUGCAUGGAGAAGGAUGAGCAGGGGCAGGAGUACCAGAAGGGCGGCUGCGGCGGGUUCGGCAAGGGAAACUUCUCACAGCUGUUCAAAUCCAUUGAGGACUAUGAGAAGUCCCUUGAAGCGAAGCAAGCUGCUGCAGUCCAGGGAUCCUAAAUUAGGAGCUUGAAGAAGAUCAACAGUUGUUGUGCUUUGUAUUAUGGUGCAAAACAAAAGACGAUGCAAGAAAUAGAUGUGAUUGGUUAAUAUAUGAGUGUAAUAGGUGGAGGAGAGGACACACCAUAAUAUUGAUGAUACAUUAUUUAGCAUCUUUGUUGUACAAGUUUGCAUGGAAAUAAAAUGAGGAUCAGCAUGAGGAACGCUGAUUCUGUCACUGGGAUGCUUGUAGUCA